AUGUCUCAUACUGUAAAUUCUAACACUAAACAUCAUGUAAACAAUGAUGUGGAAUCAAAUUCAUCUAAACCAGUCCAAUCCACUCAAGAAAAGCAAAAUAGACAUUCAGCCACUAAUCAAUAUGCACUUGAAGUUACUGAAGAAACUACCUCUUCAACUCGUUCUUGUACACAAAGUAAUGGUACUAGAUCUAGUGCACAGAGGAAUUACAAUAUACCUAAUAUAGAUGGAUUUGACUUUGGUGAAUCUAGUUCACAAAGCAAUAAUAUUGAUUCUAGGUCAUAUAUGUCACACUAUGUACAUAGAACAUUAUCUGGACUAACAGCUGAAGCAUGGGCUCAAUAUAAGACUAGAUAUCCCAUUAAUACUAGUCAUCAUUUUCAAAAAACACAUCCAAACUUAAUAGAAUACACUCAGGUAUGUCCACGCUGGUAUCGUAUAGUUUCAAUUGAUGUCAAUGCAGCUGAAUCAAAUGAAUCAUUCUCCACUCCUCAACCUCGAAAGGUUCAACGUACAACAAACGGUCGUCGCAAUACUGCAGGUAUAACUAAUUCUCAAUCUGAUGUGGAAUGGUAUCGUAGGGUGAAUCGUGAUGUUAUUGAAUCACAGAAAUCAGCCUUGACAUUGCGAUCCGAAAGGCUGGAACAUAGGAUUGAAAGUCAACAACCGACACCACCUUCAUCGUCUUUUCAAGCUGAUUCCAACGAUUCUCAUCCAGAGAGUUCAGUGAAUAAUAAUCAUCGUUCUGAUUCACUAACUGAACCGAUUGCCUCAAAUACUCAGUCUAACGAGAAUGUAAGAUACCAAUCUGACAAUUUUAUUCCUCCAGCCUUACAUUGUCAACUUCAAAACUUAAACACUAAUCAGUCACCAGCUGCAUCAACUUUCUCAAAUCCUGAACAUGGUGCUGCUCAAGAUAUGACAUUUGUUCCUUCUUCAAAUGUAACUAAUAAUUCAAAUCGUGCCCAAGUAUUGAUAGACCUUGAUGACAUUGCUACUAAUACAGAAGAUCAACCUAAUUCUUCUUUUGAAGUCAACCGUAGUUUAGUUACCCAUGGAAUUGAAGUUAUUCCAACACAUCCUCCAACCAAUUCAACAGUAAUCAAUGAACCUGAAACACUUGAAGUUGUUAUUCGUUCAAGGAACAAUGCUGAUUAUAAAUUUGUUAUCUCAAAUCCUGCUAUUAUCCGAAUGCAUAAGGUUUUGCAAAGACGUAUUUUGAGUUCAGACAAUACAAGUUCUUCUGCAAAUAAUUCAAUUUUGUAUCAACAAGUCAAUCAUUACAUGCAAGUCUUAAGAAGUACUAUAUUAUCAACAGACUCCAAUUCUUCAAGUAUUUCAUCACUUAUGAGUGCAUCAGUUCCGCGGUCACUCACUAUUGAUCAAUCUUCUUAUUCCCUACUUGAAAAUACAUCUGAAAUGCCACCAGUAAUUAUAAUUGACCGCAUACAAAAUGGUUGUGUCAUUAAAGAAUUAACAAACUGUGCUAUAUGUUUGGAAGAUGACAAUGGUAAUGUUUUAUUAGAGCCAUGUAAUCAUUACAAUAUGUGUGGGACUUGCAUGGAAAGACUGACUACAUGGAUUUGUCCAAUUUGUAGAAGCCAUAUCACAAAUAUAAUAGUUUAUGUUUAA